AUGGCACAGGCAGCCUCUAAAACAUGUGAGAUAUGUAUAAGUGCUCCAGGAUCCCAAUACUGUUUGGAGUGUGAACAAAACUUUUGUGAAAAUUGUAAAACUUUUCAUAGCAGGCAGAAGAUAUCAAAAACUCACCAGUUCCAGUCUUCCUUUGAUGUAAUCCCGGAGGGUAAAUCGAAAUGUAAGGACCACAAUGAAGACUUCAGUUUUGUAUGCAAAACAUGUGACGUAGUAGUGUGCAGUAGUUGUGUGACUGGCAGUCACACAGGGCAUGCUUUUUCCAAGCUUCUGGACAGCAUUAAACAGUUGAAGGAGAAGAACACAACAUACCUGCGUAUAAGAGUACAACAGUCAACACAAAACAUGAAGCAGAUAGAAAAAGGUAUAAAGGAAUUUGAUGUCAAGGUGGAAGGAGUAGUCAAAGCUAUUACAAAAGAAGGUACACAACUCAAGGCUAUGGUUUAUAAAUGUGUUGCAGAGAUGAUUUCAUCGGUCAAUGAUCAAUCUAGGAGAGAAAAGGACAAAUUGACAAAGAUCAUGGCAGAUACUAGAAUGGAUUUGAAGGCAGGAAGCAAUUUAAACAAGCAGAUUGAUGAACUCGACAAGAUCAGAAACGAUGGUAAUUUGUUACAGUCUUUACAGAAGCUUACAUAUGACAUUUCAAAGCUGACGAUAAAGCCUAUUCCCGAGUUUCCGAACAUAAGGUAUACUGCGAAGUCCGCAACAGAUAACGACGUUAAACAACUGUUUGGUAACUACAUACUCAGUGAAAUGCGUACACAACAAAUCAUGAACAAAGAAAGAGAAUUACCUUCACCCAAGAGUGAUUACAAACAGGAUGUGAUACCAAAGGAGCAAGGGAAAAACCUGUUCAGAUGUGACAAGUGUGGAAAGGAAGAGAGAACUGAUAAAUGGGGCUUCUGCUGGUAUAGAUGUUCAUGUGGCGGUGAUGCAUGUACGCGACUAACAGCAGUCACAGAACAAGAAUUGCUUAAACCAAAAAGGAAGGAAGAGAGCACUGAUAACCCAUUCGGAACGAGUAUUGAUUUCCGUUACAUUACCUUUUAUAGUCAAUGUAAACAAAUACAGAAUUUAGCAUCGGAGGCAAAUGUGUUUGUGGAGGAUCGAUGUACUUCAUCAGUCAGUAAAGAGACAGCCAGUGACAAACAUUUGACAGAUACUGAAAGGCCAGAAAAUACUUCCUUCUGA